AUGAGUUUAGCCAUUGAUUUUUUACUCCCUACUGGCCUGAUGAUUACGUUAGAAUUCUCCAAAAGUAUUACUAUAUCCCAGAUGAAACAACAAGUAUGGGAAAGAGCAGCGGCAAUGCCAUUUGGAGAGUUAAUGUUUGAAUGCCCAUCCUAUCAUUUAAUGUUCAUCAAUCAUCGUGGUGAACGAGAGGAAAUGACCGACGAAUCCAGACGAUUAUCCGAUAUUCGACCAUUUGCAGCAAUAUUUAAAUUUGUCGAAAGAGUUGGUGUUCCACCGGAGAAAAGAUUAGACCAACAAAUUGCAGAAUUGAUUGAGUGUAAAUUAGACUUGAGUGAAAUACCUCUGAAAGUGGAAAUUGAAGAUUGUCAUCAAUCUCUUCAAGAAUUAUGCCAUGAAGUUGUUACCCGGCGUGCCAAUAGCUCAGAAGAAGACAGAGCUAAUUAUCUCUAUAGACCUCCAAUGUCAUUAUCACAAUUGCCAUCGUACUUAGAAGAGCGUUAUGAAAAAAAGGGCGGAAUAUUAAUUACUGUAUUAUAUCAAUCGGAUGAUCGCAUUGAUGACGGUUGCAAUAAGCAUACUACUUCUGUACCACAUAACCAAACUGCUUCAUUUGUGGUACGACAAGUUCUAAAAGCUAAGGCUAAGAAAGGUCAAGGAAACGUUCACCAAGAAGACUACAAUAGUUAUGUCUUAAAAAUUUGUGGCCGUAACGAAUAUCUCAUCUCAGAGGUUCCAAUCCAUCAAUAUAAAUUUAUUCGCCUGGCUAUGAUUCGUGAUGAGUCUCCUAUUGUAGUACUACAAAAACGAUUAAAACUAAAGUUAAAAGAAUGUGAUUUACCCAAUGAAGCGUAUACUCCACCUCCUCUACCCAAGAAAAUCGAUAUCCAAACGAAAACUGUAUGGGAUAUUGAAGCCAAAUAUUCAAUGGAAUUUAUGUAUAUUAGCGAUAUGAAUAUUGGAGACGAAACAAGCAUGUUACGGAUAAAAGCCUGUCUGUACCAUGGCGAAGAGCCAUUAUGCCCUGUAGUUCAAACAAAUGAUGUCAAAGCCUCAUCGCCGAUCUGGCAUGAGCUAGUCAAGUUUGAUAUCGAUGUGGCUGAUAUACCACGAAUGGCUCGCCUCUGUAUCGCUCUUUUUGAUAAACGUAAAUCUAAAAAAGCAAGAAAGGGGGAUCUUCCAAUUGCAUGGGUAAAUACUAUGUUAUUUGAUCAUAAAGGAUACUUAAAAUCUGGUGAUCAGCAUCUUACGUUGUGGCCGAGGAAAAGAGAAAUGGAAUUUGAAAUAAAUCCGCGUGGAGUCAUUGGCCCAAGGCCAAAUUAUGAACGUUACACAGACAAGCAUGACGAUGUGGAUAUGGAGAAGUAUGGUACAUUAUCUAUCAAGUUUCUAUCUUAUGGAGACAAAAUUAUCUAUCCACCUUUCCAUACGGCUAGGGAUCAGGCCGCAAUCGAAAAUCUUAUUGAAGGUGAUUCUCUAAAAGUUAUGUCUGAAAGUGAAAAAGAAGCUUUAUGGACUUUUCGAGUGAAAUGCAUAGAUGUUCCAAGAUCGUUACCUAAAUUACUUCAGUCAUUGAAAUGGAAUCGUCGAGAAGAAGUCGCUCAAAUGCAAGCACUGUUACAAAUUUGGACUGAACUGCAGGCAGAAGAUGCCUUAGAGUUAUUAGAUUACAAGUUUGCAGAUAAAGCUGUUAGGGAAUUUGCGGUAAAAUGCUUAAGAAAACUCAAUGACGAUGAUCUAUUUCAGUACCUGUUGCAGCUUACUCAGGCGUUAAAAUACGAACCCUACCUUGAUUGUGCUCUUAGUCGAUUUUUACUAGAGCGAGCUCUUUUAAGCAGAAGGAUUGGACAUUUCUUCUUUUGGUAUUUAAGAGCUGAAAUGCAUGAUGAUGCCGUUAUAAUUCGCUUUAGUAUGCUCCUUGAUGCUUACUUACGAAGUAAUCAGUCCCAUAUGAAAAUACUGCAAAGACAACAGUGUGACGCCUUAAAGCAGAUGGCAAUAUUAAAUGAAGAAAUGAAAGAAUAUCUAGAUGAAAAUGCUCAUGAACGUUACAAGAUAUUAAGGAAUAAACUAGAAGAUCCUAAGUUUAAAAGUAGCCUAUGUGACUUCUAUUGUCCACUCGCUCCUACUUGUAAAGCUGGUAAUUUAAUUAUUCAUCAUUGUAAAAUUAUGGACUCAAAGAUGAAACCAUUGUUGCUGGAAUUCGAGAAUGCGUCAGAUCAAUUUUCACUUGGUGACCGCGCUUCUCGAAAAUAUGGUGAACCAAUUUUGAUCAUGUAUAAGAAAGGAGAUGAUCUACGUCAAGAUGCACUUACAUUGCAAAUUUUUAAAAUUAUGGAAAACAUUUGGCAAGAGGGCGGUUUGGAUCUUAGAAUGAUUCCUUACGGCACCAUGCCCACCGGUAAAGAAACAGGAUUAAUAGAAAUUGUUCAGAAUUCUUUUACAUUGGCUAAUAUUCAUAAAGAAAUUUAUGGUAAUACUUCUGGUGCAUUACGAAAAGAUACAUUGCACACCUGGAUGAAGAGGAAGAGUAAAGAUUCAGACAAUUUUCGGAGAGCUAUACAAGAAUUCCGUUCAUCUUGUGCCGCAUAUUGCGUAGCUACUUACAUUUUAGGGGUUGGUGAUCGUCACAGUGAUAAUAUUAUGAUUAAAGAGAAUGGUCAACUUUUCCAUAUAGAUUUUGGCCACUUUUUGGGGAAUUUCAAGUAUAAAUUUGGUAUCAAACGUGAACGGGUCCCAUUUAUUUUAACACCAGAUUUCGUGUAUAUAGUUAAGAAUGAUCGAGACGACAAUAAUACCGAGUUAUCAAGGUUUACUGAUGUAUGUGAAAAGGCAUUUAUGCUAAUCAGAGAAAAAGGAAAUAUGUUUAUCAAUUUAUUUAGUAUGAUGGUAUCUGCGGGAAUUCCGGAAUUAAGCAGUAUACGUGAUAUUCGCUAUUUACUAGAAACAUUAAAGCUAUCUAGCCAUGAAGCAGAGGCCCUUCGAAGCUUUCAGGGCAAAUAUAAUGAUGCUGUAAGAAAUGGUUGGAAAGCAACCCUAAACUGGGUUAUCCACAACAAUGCCAAAGAUAACUAG